AUGUAUAAUUUCUAUGCGUAACUGUAAAAAUUGCAAAAAUUAAGUAAAAAUGGGAAAAGGAUUUAACAAUUAUAUGUGCAAGAAAUUUUUCCAUCCAGCAUCGCGAGAUAAUUUAAAACGAGUAUGGAUGGCAGAACAACAAGCGGAAGCUUACAAGAAGAAGCAGGAAGAACUACGGGUACAAUAUGAGAAAGAGCAGGACCUUCAUAAUAAUAAAGCAUUACUUAGUAAGGAGAGCAAGGAUAAACUUAGCGUGAAUUUUAUGUAUGAGCCACCUCCCGGAGCAAAAAAGGAAAGAGAGAAGGAAGACAAUGAACCUGAGUACAAGUUUGAAUGGCAGCGGAAAUAUAAUGCUCCGAGAGAAAGUUAUUGCAAAGGAGAUAGCGAAAUACGAGAUCAACUUGGCAUCCAAGUAAGGAACGUGUAAGAUGCAUUAAAAUGCCAAAAAUGGGGACACAUAAAUACAGGUAAUUAA